AACCUCGCCUCCCCGCCUGCAAAGUCCCCGGCGCGAGGGCAGCCGCGAACCGCCGCUACCGCCGGGUCUCCGCGGGCGCCUGCGCCGGCGUAUCGCCCGCCGGCCCGGAUAGUCCUGAAAAAACUCGCUCCGCUGGCCGCCGGGGCUCCACGGCGCUGCCCAUGGCCAAGCCCAGGAGCCGACUUCGGGCGCCGGACCGGCUGGACCGCCGAGGCGCGGCUCAGUAAUCAGAAGCCUGCGAUACCCAUGUGUCACUGAUCUGGAGACGUCCCCUCGCGGGCAGCACUUCAUGACCCAGUGGCGCCCGGCCCAGUAAAGCCACCGUGGUGUCCGGCAUGGCCCCGCUGCUCCUGGGCGCGGUGAUGCUGGUGGCCCAGCUCCAGCUAGUGCCUUCCCGCCCAGCGGUGGUGCCAGGGAACGAGCCGGGCCAGCCGGAGCUGGUGCGGAAAGCGGCGACCCUCCAGGAGGAGAUCCCCGACGGCGCAGCCCCCAAUGGCUCUGCCCAGCAGCUGCCGCAGACCAUCAUCAUCGGCGUGCGCAAGGGCGGUACCCGCGCGCUGUUGGAGAUGCUCAGCCUGCAUCCAGACGUGGCGGCUGCCGAGAACGAGGUGCAUUUCUUCGACUGGGAGGAGCACUACAGCCAAGGCCUGGGCUGGUACCUCAGCCAGAUGCCCUUCUCCGCCCCACACCAGCUCACGGUGGAAAAGACCCCCGCGUACUUCACGUCGCCCAAAGUGCCUGAGCGCGUGCACAGCAUGAACCCGGCCAUCCGGCUGCUGCUUAUCCUGCGGGACCCGUCGGAGCGCGUGCUAUCCGACUACACCCAAGUGUUCUACAACCACGUGCAGAAGCGCAAGCCCUACCCAUCCAUCGAGGAGUUCCUGGUGCGCGACGGCCGCCUCAACGUGGACUACAAGGCUCUCAACCGCAGCCUGUACCACCUGCACAUGGAAAACUGGCUGCGUUUCUUCCCGCUGCGCCGCAUCCACAUCGUGGACGGCGACCGCCUCAUCAGGGACCCCUUCCCCGAGAUCCAGAAGGUGGAGCGGUUCCUGAGGCUGUCGCCGCAGAUCAACGCCUCCAAUUUCUACUUUAACAAAACCAAGGGGUUCUACUGCCUGAGGGACGGCGGCCGGGACCGCUGCUUACACGAGUCCAAAGGCCGGGCGCACCCCCAAGUGGACCCCAGACUCCUCAAUAAACUGCACGAAUAUUUUCAUGAGCCAAAUAAGAAAUUCUUUGAGCUUGUCGGCAGAACAUUUGACUGGCACUGAUUUUUUUUUUUUUUUUUUUUUUUUUUUUUGGCGAUAAGCUAGGCUCGGAACCUUUCCUAUUGUAAGUUCUGGUGUACAUCUGGGGUGGGGGAAAGAAUUUUAAAAGGGCAUUUAAGUAUAAUUUAUUUGUAAGAUCCAUAAAUUACUUCUGUACAGUAUUAGAUUCGCAAUUGCCAUAUAUACUAGUUAUAUUUUUCUACUUGUUAAAUUGAGGGCAUUUUGUAUUGUUUUUCAUGGUUGUUAACAUGUGUAAUAUGUCUCUAUAUGAAGGAACUAAAAUAUUUAACUGCAAAAAAAAAUGAAAUUCUAGAGAUGCAGUCUUUUUUGAAUAUAGUUAACUUGCCCCCAACUCCAAA